UUCCCCAUGCCACUGCCUAUGCCAGGCUCGCCUGCCGCGUCCUGGCCACUGUUCCGCGCGCGUCUCAGAUCCGUAUUCGAUGGCGCCGAUCCGCGUGUAUGUGCUGCCUUCUGGCUGUUCGGCCUGAUCAACAACGUCCUCUAUGUCAUCAUCCUCUCCUCCGCCCUCGACCUCGUCGGGCCAUCAGUCCCCAAGGGCGUCGUGCUGCUCGCCGACGUGAUACCCUCCUUCCUGACCAAGCUGGUUGCCCCAUACUUCAUCCACAAGGUUCCCUACCAGAUCCGAAUCCUCAUCUUCGUGGCCUUGUCCGCAUGUGGCAUGCUUCUUAUUGCCCUGACUCCCGCCUCACGCGACGGCAAAACAGUCGCAGUCAAGAUGUUAGGCGUCGUCCUAGCCAGCUUGAGCAGCGGAGGCGGAGAGCUCAGCUUUCUCGGGUUGACGCAUCAUUACGGCCACUUUAGUCUCGCUGCAUGGGGAUCUGGGACAGGCGGAGCAGGGCUCAUCGGAGCCGGGGCCUACGUGAUCGCCACAACCACUCUGGGACUGAGUGUGCGCACGAGUCUCCUGGCUUUCUCGUUCUUGCCCGUCAUCAUGCUGAUUAGCUUUUUCAUCAUCUUGCCCUUGGGCCCUCUCAAGGCCGGCGCAAAGCAAGCAGAGUACGAGAGAUUAGACCAAGACCAAGACCAAGCACCUACUGGCUCUGCCGAAGAAAGUGACUUCGAUUCCUCACCCACUGCAUCUCCCGAAGGCGAGCAUCUACUCAGCUCCUCCAUGCAUUCGGCGUCAGGCCGCAGCUUUACUUUCAUCAACCAGUCGAGAUCGCGAACACGCAACGCAUGGAAUAGUCUAAAGGCAAAUCUUGCUCGCUCUCGAGGAUUGUUCUUCCCAUAUAUGCUUCCCCUCCUUCUUGUCUAUGUGGCUGAGUACACGAUCAAUCAAGGCGUCGCGCCCACACUCCUCUUUCCUCUCAAAUCAAGCCCCUUCGAACACUUCAGAUCCUUCUACCCUACCUACAACGCUGUCUACCAGGUGGGCGUCUUCCUAUCAAGAUCCUCAACUCCGUUCUUCCGUGUCCACCACCUCUACUUCCCUUCAAUACUUCAAGUAUUGAACCUGAUUCUCCUCACGUCGCACGCGCUGUUCGACUUCAUCCCAAAUUUCUACAUCGUGUGCCUCAUCAUCUUCUGGGAAGGGCUCCUAGGCGGCCUCGUGUACGUAAGCACCUUCGCGGAGAUAACAGACAAUGUGCCCAAAGCGGACCGCGAAUUUAGUCUUGGUGCUACUAGUGUGAGCGAUUCGGGGGGUAUUUGUAUAGCGGGCUUCGUGGGGAUGGCGUUUGAGGUUUGGUUGUGCAAUUGGCAGGUUAGGCACGGGAGAGAUUUUUGCAAGAAACUUUAGGAGUAUAAGAGGUGAAUUUUUGAAUAUGAUACCACUGCCACUGUAAGAAUUGCACAUUCUCAUUGCUCGUUCCAGUAAGAGGUAAGAACCGUCAUGAGAUCACGACUCUGCGUUCUGGGCGCCCCCAAGUUCUUUUCACCUCACCUCUUUCAAUCUCAACCCCAAAAU